CCUCCUGAGGAUCUCAAGAUUCCUCUCAGAUACAUCAGGACUUCCAAAGAGGGCUUCCCUGCCAUGACUAAAAUGAUUCCUGCCAGAUGACUCUGGCAUUUUUGGAGCCCUUUGCUGAACCAUGGAGAUCUCUCUGCUGAGACUUCUUUUUGUUUGUUGCUUUCAUCUUGAAAUCCUUUGGGCAGCUGGGAUUUUUCAGCAUCAAUACUCGGCUCCACCCAAGGCCAGGACUCCCAAAACAAAGGAUUGGAUGCCUUCCUCCUCCUCCUCUUCCUCGUCUUCUUUGGCUUCAGCUUUCACGUGGGUGCCUACUCCUAACUUGGAAAAGGCUGAUCCUGAGGGACUGGAGGCAGCUGUGGCCUUUCUGUACUCUGGGGAUGUUUUGAGCCUCUUACAAGCCAACUGCAGCCAGAGGUUUGAAGUGAGGGAUAUGGGGAAGGCCUCUGGUCCUGCACCAGCCUUGCGUUCCUAUCUGCGUGGUGCUACUGACACCCUGACCCAUGCCACCAAUUUCCUCAAUAUGGUCUUCCAGACCAACGACAUCCGAGAGUCCAGUGUGAAAGAGGAUGUUGAGUGGUACCAUGCCUUGGUCAGAAGUGUUAUGGAUGGAGAUCCUCAAAUUUACCGAGCCGUGCUGACCUUUGAUGCUCACCCGGUGUCUUCCAAGCCUCAGCUGAUGGUCCAAGCCACCAAGGAGAACAAUGAGAUCUUACUCCAAGACCUCUCAGCUUCUGCAGAGAACCUGAGGAAUCUGACUUGGGAAAACGAGUGGUACAACUUUUUCCGGUUCCAGAGAGCCCCUCUCCUGUACAAGCGAAUUCUCAGCAAUGACCUCAAGACCCUGGACACCCCCAAAUGGAGCCAAGGAGAUAGCUAUGUGAUGGACUCAGGUCACGUCAAAUGGUCGACUCCUUUCCUGGAAUGUGAGGAUGGGAAAUUCUUGCCCAACUGGAUGGUCACACUCUCCUCUUCCUUCUAUGGCCUGAAACCUGACCUAAAUCCAGAAUUCAAAGGGGUCGUGAGGAUGGAUGUUAAAAUCCAGAAUGUUGAUAUAAACCAGUGUGCUACUGGACAGGGAUGGUUUGCAAACACACACCAGUGUGACCUCAACAGUACACAGUGUGUACCACAGGAAAAGCAGGGGUUUGUCCUUGGGAGAUAUCUUUGCCUCUGCAAACCAGGUUUCUACGGCAUAAGCAAAGCCUCAUCCUCCCCUACUGCCACAAAUAAUGGCCAAUCUGAGGAAGAUGCUUCCCAGUAUGGAGCAACAGCUUCUGGAAAUUGGCUAGAGUGCCGCCCCUGUCGGGAGGGAUGUUCUACCUGCAUUGAUGGCACACCAUGUUUAGUCCAGGAAGACUGGUUGUUGCGGGCGGCUGUUCUAGCUUUCCAAGCCUUCUGCAUGCUGGCGGUUUUCUUCAGCAUGCUGGUAUCCUAUCACUUCAGGAAGAGCAAGAGGAUUCGGGCUUCAGGAGUUGUUCUUCUGGAGACGAUACUCUUUGGCUCACUCCUGCUCUACUUCCCUGUUUUUAUUCUGUACUUCAAACCAAGCAUAUUUCGCUGUAUUGUCCUGCGCUGGGUGCGUAUGCUGGGGUUUGCCAUUGUUUAUGGAACAAUAACCCUUAAACUAUACAGAGUCCUUAAGAUAUUCCUUUCCCGCACGGCCCAGCGAGUCCCUUACAUGUCCAGCAGGCGGGUUUUGAAGAUGCUGGCCUUGAUUCUGCUCUUGGUGCUUUGGUUCUUAUCUGCAUGGACUGUCGGCAUGCUGGAGAACAUAGAGAAGAACAUCCCACUAGUGGUCCUCUCCCAGACCACCAGAGGCCUCCAGUUUUUUAUCUGCGAUCAUGACCGCUGGGACUACAUGAUGGUUGUGGCUGAGAUGCUGUUCUUGUUAUGGGGAAGUUUCCUUUGCUAUGCCACUCGGACAGUCCCUUCUGCAUUCCAUGAACCUCGCUACAUGGGCAUCGCCCUACACAACGAGCUGAUAACUUCCACUGCCUUUCAUGUUGUCAGGUUUUUAAUGGUUCCUUCUUUGCAUCCUGACUGGACUUUGCUGCUCUUUUUUGUUCACACACAUGUUACUACCACCAUGACGUUGGCACUUCUUUUCAUCCCAAAGUUCCUGCAUGCAGGGUCGCCCUUGCGGGAGGAAAUAGCUGCUGAGGUCUACGAAGAUGAGCUGGACAUGAGGCGCUCAGGCUCCUACCUGAACAGCAGCAUCACAUCGGCGUGGAGUGAGCACAGUCUUGACCCCGAUGACAUUCGGGAUGAACUUAAAAAGCUUUACACGCAACUGGAGGUUCAUAAAACCAAGAAGAUGGCGGCCAACAACCCUCACCUUCAGAAGAAAAGAAGUUCCAAGAGGGGCCUAGGCCGUUCGCUCAUGAGGCGUAUCACUGAGAUUCCAGAAUCCAUGUCCCGGCAGUGCAGCAAAGAGGAGAAAGAUGGGUCUGUGGGUGGAGGAAAUGCGAGUCGCUCUGGCUCCUACAAGAGAAGGCGUUUGGACUCUGGUAGCUCCAGCGUGAAACUGAAAGACGACUCCUCUUCCAAGCCUAAAGUGGCCUCAUCCUUGAAGAAGUCCCACAGCACCUAUGAUCACACAAGGAACAGCAAAGAGAACAACCUACCAACGAGGCACGAGAGUUACAAAGAAGCACCUUUACUGGACUCAAUGAUGAGGAAAAAACUAGCCAAGAAAGCCUCAGAAAGAUCCAACAGUGACUCUCUUGAUGACUCAGCUCCUCUGGUCUACAAGUCAGCCAGUGCUCACAAUCUGAUGGCAGAAAGAAAACCUCUACACCCUAGGCCAUCCCCCCUGCAGAAAUCUCUCAGUGUUGUCACCAGUGCCAAAGAAAAAGCAUUGUUGCUAACUAAUAGGGCCUACCUAGAAGACAGCAGCAAACUAGCUCAGGACAAAGAGAAGAAAGCAGCCACUGAAGACUCCACAACAGAAAGUGAGGUCUCUGGGCACACUGAGGUUACUGACGUCAGCUCCAAGACAGCAGGAAAAGACUGGCAGACAGAUGACACAUCAGAAAGAACUGUGAGCUCUCUUCUGGAAGAUGGUAGCAGCAGUCAAGAUACUGUGUGCCCAUGGGAAACUGUGACAGCCCCAUCCACACCCUCUGAAAACAAGUCUCAGAAACAUGUCACAUAUGCUCCUAUCAGGAGUCUCAGCAUCAACACCUCUGAGUUGCCAGGAAGGAGACACCAUGCCAGUAAGAAGAUACCGCCUGAACCACCUAUCAGGCAGCAGAGUUUGGUUCACACUUUUGAAAGGAAAGAUGUCACUCCCUGGGAUGCACAAGAACAAACACAGACUUCUGGCCAGUGUCUCAAAAAAGAUGACAAAGAGAGACCAAUGCUGGCAGAUGUACAUCUGUCAAAGAUGGAGGAGUCUCUAGAAAAGACUGAGGUGCAAAGGAAUCAGCAGACAGAAGAUAACGUACCACCUUCUACCCCUGCAGGAUUAACCAGACUAGCCUCCAUUGCUGCAGAGGUCUGCCCGUGGGAAGUCAUGGAAGUGCCCAUUCCAAGGAAGAAAGACCCAGAACUGAGUGAAUCAGAUAGUCAGAAGAGCUCUCCUGAGAAACAGAUCCCCAUUCCCAAAAGUACUAUGAAAAGCUUAGGUCUUGCCAUUAAAGCAUUCAACCGGUCAAGGAUGAAGACAAACAUAAGAGCAAGAAAGGAUGAUGAGGGAAGUCCAAAGAAAACUGGAAGAGAGACAAGUGGAAAGAAUGAAAAACAUCAAGUAGCAGAAGGAGCCUUGAUGUCUGUAGGAGGGUCACCAAGGCAACGGGUUAUAUCUAGGGGCUCCAGGGAAACAGUCAGUAAACAAGCGACCAUUUGCCCUUGGGAUGAGGAGGAAGAAGAACUUUCCAGCUCACAUAAAAGCAGUCCAAGGAAAGUUCUUGAAGUAUGUCCUUGGGAGGCAAGUGCAGAUGGCCUCGCCCAGGACAGAGCAAGCAGUACAGAAGCACCAGCUUCCACUUGUACGAAUAGGCUGCACUGGAUCAAGAGCCAACGAGAAUCUGUCUGUCCCUGGGAAACUAUAGAUGAUGAUCAGACUAAAGAGGAAAAAAUCUCCAACAUCUCUCCAAUAGUCCUGAAGACAGAAAAGAAAGCGGAAACAUGCCCUUGGGAACUGGAAGAGGUCGUGCUGAGCACUAGAAGUGAAGCCCAGGAAAAGGCAAGUGGCUUGCAUGAUUCCAGGGAUAUCAAGAAGCCUCCUCUGGGCACAGAGGUUAGAAAGAGCCCAGAUCUCUCCAAAGCAGAGGAAAAGAAAUCCAGGAGUGUUGAGAGCCACACAUUUAGUCCCACAAAAUUGGAGGGCAGCACAGAUGUUAAAACAGAGGUCUGCCCUUGGGAGGCAGAGGAAUCUCUAUCAAAGCAAAAGAUGUCUGAGGAGGAUCGUGAAAGAUUUUCCAGAGAGAAGGGCACUACUCCAAGAGCAGAAGCAAUAAAGACUUACCAAGAACACACAGUUUGCCCCUGGGAGAUCAUGGAAUCACCAGAAAGAAUAGAUGCUAAAAGUACAUUGAGUCAGAGGGUAUCUGACAAUGUAACAAGCAUCAAAACUGCUAUAUGCCCUUGGGAGUCAAGUGAUACACCAUCAGAAGAAGCUAGAGAGGAGUCCAGAAAAGACCCCAAAAGGUUUGAAGGUAGAAAGCUCAGAAGUCCAUUAUCAGAGGAGAUCAAAGAUAGAGAGAGCACCCCUCGAGACUCUGUUUGCCCUUGGGAGGAUGCAGGUGCUGCAGAUUCUUCUACGAAACCUGCUGGCAAAAUAUUAGACCUUGGCAAAAUAGUUUUGAAGAAAUCUAGCAGUGGGGACAGUAAAAAGGUAGAGGUCUGUCCUUGGGAAACCAAGACAGCUGAAGUGUGUCCUUGGGAAGUAGUUUCAUCCACCAUGGAAAAAGGGGUGGAAGAAAUGGAAGGACAACUCUCCAAAGGCAUUACACUGAAAGCACUGCCUCCUCUUAAAGGACUGGAGGACAGCAAACAGCGUGAAUCUGUCUGUCCCUGGGAAGACACAGAAGCAGAGGCUGCUUCACUAAAGCCUAGUGCAAAAACGUUAGAACCAAAUAAGGCAAGCUCUGAUAGCUUCCAGAGCAAAAAAGCAGAAAUUGCUCCUUGGGAAAUACAAGAGGCAAAAAUAGACAUUAAAACAGCCAUAUGUCCCUGGGAGAGUGAUGAUACCCCAGUGCACACAAAAAAGUUUAAAAAAGAUGCAAGUUCACUCUCAAAAGAUGAGAAGAAAGAAACCAGAGAUACAGCCCCAGAGAAAGAUGACGAUGGUACAAGGGAGUCUGUCUGUCCAUGGGAGAGGACAGAAGACAAGGAAAUAUUGAUCAAACCUAAGCCCCAGAGCUCCUGUGUCUCCAAAGGUAGUUCAAAUAAAUCAGGCAGUGUUGAAAGCUUCAAGGCAGCUGUUUGCCCUUGGGAAAGUGAGGGCAUCGAAGUCAGCACUAAAGCAGAUAUCAGCCCCUGGGAUACAACUCCAGUUCCAUCAGAUAAAAGAUCCUCAAGACAUGAUGCAGGUGGAACCCUGAAAAGAACAGGAGACGUUGCGUCUAAACCUCUAGAGAAGGCAAGCAGUUCCCGAGAAAAUAUAUGUCCUUGGGAAACCAUAGACACUGAUGACUCAUCAUCUGAGCCUAGUGCCAAGAGACCAGAUCUAGCUAAAGUCAAGUCUAAAAAAUCCAGUAGUACUGACAGCCUCAAGGCAGAAGUUUGCCCAUGGGAAAGUCAGGAGGGUGAGCCCAGCAUUAAGGCAGCUGUAUGUCCAUGGGAAGCUCCUGAAAGCCCUGUGGGAGAGAGACCAUCAUUUAAAAGUGUUGGUGCUUUUGAAAGGCCAGCUCCACAGAAAGAAGCAGGCCAUUCUAAAACAACAGAAAAAAUUAUCAGCCCUCUUGAAUCAAUCUGCCCCUGGGAAACCAUGGACACUGACAAGCCUUUGUCAGAGGUCAGUGCCAAGAGUCGAGAAGUGUCUAAAGUCAGCUCUAAAAAAUCUGAUAGUAGUGACACACACAAGGCAGAAGUGUGUCCUUGGGAAAGUCAAGAAGCUGAGCCCAGUGUUAAGGCAGCUAUAUGUCCAUGGGAUGUGCCUGAAAGCCUGGUCGAUGAGAGACCAUCAUCGAAGGGUGCUGAGGCUCUUGAAAGGCACAAGUCAGUCCCACUGGAACAAGCAGGCCAUUCUAAAGCGACAGAGAAGGUGAGUAGUCCCCAAGAAGCUAUCUGUCCUUCGGAAACCAUGGACACCAGUGAACCUUCCUCUCAAUCCAGGGUUAAAAGCCUAGGGCUAUCUAAAAGCUAUAAACUAUCAAGUGGUACUGACACACUCAAGGCAGAAGUGUGCCCUUGGGAAAGUCAGGAAGCUGAGCCUAGUACUAAAUCAGACGUGUGCCCAUGGGAAGUGUCAGAAACCUCAGUGGAUAAAAGACCAUCACUGAAACGUGCUGGGGCUCUUGAAAAAUCUAAAUCAACCUCUCUGGAACAAACAAUCCAUUCUAAAACAGUAGAGAAGACAAGCAGCCCUCAAGAAUCUGUCUGCCCAUGGGAGAGUGUAAAUCCAAGCGAAUUCUCUGCUAAACCUGGACAGUCUAAAGUUACUUCAAAGAAAUCUGACAGUGCUGAAAGCCUAAAGGCAGAGGUUUGCCCUUGGGAAGUGGUUGAAGAAAGUGUUUUGAGAAAGGAUGAUGGUAGCAGGGCUCUCCAAAGGGAAGACAGCAGGAGUACUUCCCAUAGGAGCAUCUCUAAAGCGAUGGAAAGAUUGAGCAGAUCACGAGACGACGUCUGUCCAUGGGAGAGCAUGGAGCUUGAAGGGCCUUCAAUGAGAUCUGCUGGCCAAAGUCCAGCUCUGUCCAAAGCUGGGUCAAAGAAAUCUGACAGCGCUGAAAGCUUAAAGGCAGAGGUUUGCCCUUGGGAUGUGGUUGAAGAAAGUGUUUUGAGAAAGGAUGAUGACCAAAGGGCAAACAGCACAAGUACUUCCCCUAGGAGCAUCUCUGAAGCAAUGGAAAGGUUGAGCAGGUCACGAGACGACGUCUGUCCAUGGGAGAGCAUGGAGCUUGAAGGGCCUUCAAUGAGAUCUGCUGGCCAAAGUCCAGCUCUGUCCAAAGCUGGGUCAAAGAAAUCUGACAGCGCUGAAAGCUUAAAGGCAGAGGUUUGCCCUUGGGAUGUGGUUGAAGAAAGUGUUUCGAGAAAGGAUGAUGACCAAAGGGCAAGCAGCACGAGUACUUCCCCUAAGAGCAUCUCUGAAGCAAUGGAAAGGUUGAGCAGGUCACGAGAGGAUAUAUGUCCAUGGGAGAGCAUGGAGCUUGAAGGAUCUUCUCCGAGAUCUGCUGGCCAAAGUCCAGCCCUGUCCAAAGCUGGGUCAAAAAAAUCUGACAGUGCUGAAAGUCUAAGGGCAGAGAUUUGUCCAUGGGAGUUCAUAGAGGAAGAGGAAGUGAGCACCAAGACAGAAGUGUAUCCAUGGACAGCAGCUAUGGCUCCCUUUGAAAAGGGGAAGUUGAAGCAGGACCCAGCUGAAACUUUGAAAAGAAAGAAAGACCAAGUGCCACUAGGAGCUCUGGAUUCAAAGAAAACUGGGGGAGAAUCAUCAUUUAAGAAAAUAGAGAAGUCAAAAAGCCACCAAGAGUCUGCUUCCCUUUGGAAGAGUAUGGAAUUUGACAAACCACCUGCCAAAAUCACCCGAAGUCUAGAUCUGUUGCAGGUGAGUUCCAAAAAAUCUGAAAGUGUCGAGAGUCUAAAGGCAGAGAUUUGUCCAUGGGAAUUCCAGGAGAUUCCAACACAUGCUAAAGCUGAAAUCUGUCCAUGGGAAGUAACUGAAGGACCACCAGAGAGAGGGACCUUAAAAAAUUACCAGGGCAUGGUUUCUAGUGAUGAAACAAGCACCAGCCCAAUAAUGAGACUGUUGAAGACAGAGCAGAGACGCGGCAGUCAGCAAGAAUCUGUUAGUUCUUGUGAAAGUGUGGAGCUAUCACAAACUCAAAGUCCCAGUUUGCCAAAAAGUGGCUCAAAGAAAUCAGUCAGUGUUGAAAGCUUGAGAGCUGAAGUAUGUCCGUGGGAAACCGAGGAAGAGGAGCCUAGUGGCAAGAUUGAAACGUACCUCCCUAAAACAGCAGCAAUCCCAUUCAAUGAAGGAUCACUAAGACAACAUAUUUCACAAGGCAAAACACAGCUAAGCCCAGGUGUGAUUAAAACUGGGGGGGAAACUGUAUCUAAAAAGAUAGAGAAGACCCAUAGCCAUCCUGAAUUAGCUUAUCCUCAGAAGAGUACUGAUGAACUGUCAGUCAAACCCAGUAGUAAGAGUUUAGAUUUGCCUAAGGUGGUCUUUGUGAAAUCUGACAGUAUUGAAAGUCUAAAAUCUGAAAUCUGUCCAUGGGAAGUUCAAGAAACUGGAGCCUCUACCAAAUCUGAAGUGUGCCCUUGGGAAGUGGUUGGGACUCCACUGGACAGAGAGACAUCGAGUAGGGAUGGAGCUGCCAUUUCUAAGAAGGAUAUGAAUGUGGAUUCUGCAAGUCCGAUAGGAACAAUCAGAACCCCGGAGAAAGGCAGAAGCAUUCGAGAAUCUAUCUGCUCAUGGGGGAGCAUAGCUGCUGUGGAUGUCUCAGCAUCAAAUACUUCUGCUAGUCUUUCUUCAAAAAAGCCUGACAGCAGCAACGACAGCAAGAAGACAGAGAUCUGUCCUUGGGAAACAGAUCAGCUGGAAAAGGAAGAUAUUUGUCCAAGGGAAGCAAGACUGGUACUAGCCACUGAGGAUGAAAGAGCUAUGCCAUAUGCCCGUGCAGCAGAGAUGCCAGCAGCCAGCAUGAAAAGAUCCCAGAGCGAACAGGAGGGCUUGCCUGAACACAAGCCCUUGUGCCGCAGCCUUCCUGAAACCACACUACCUAUAGACUUAAGCAAAGGGAGUGGCCCAAUGGUGGAAGUACUGGCAAAAAGUAGACAUGACAGUACUAUAGCUGAUAUCUGCCCUUGGGAGGCUGAGGAAGACCCCACGGCCACAAGGAAAGACUCUGCUGGAAUCACCAAAGCUUUGUCAGAGGUGUGUCCAUGGGAGAUAGAAGACACCAGCCCCACUUCGGCCAGUUCAGCUAAAAGCAAAGCAGGGGAGGAGCCAAAGGCUGACAAAGCAUAAGAUCCUUAUAAACCCAAAUCAGAUAUUUGUCCUUGGGACUGAGAUUGAAUGUGUUUACAGAUUUUUCAUAGAAGAUUAUCUACUGACUGCUCAUGUGCCAUAAAAUAUGGCUUACUUUUAGCCCACUGCCUGGUUUAAUAACAAAAACAAAACAAACAAACAAAAAGGACAGCUGCCAGCUUCGGUGAUGGUGCCCAUCAUAUUUGUUAAUGCUUGGAAUCAUGUUAAAGCAGUCAUGAGACAGGGGACUGCAGCCAUUAGGGAACAGCGGUACCUACCUGCCUUCAUCUGCAGAAAGAGCAGGCUAGCUGCAAAACUCUGCACAUUCUGCUCCAUAUGUGUAAAAAUGUAGCGUCACGAUCCCUGCAUUGUUAUGACUCAUAAGGUUUCCAGUUUGUAUACUCCUGAUGUCUGUAAACAACAACAUUUUUAUAACAUGUUUGAAGUAAGAAGUUGCAACCAAACACUGGCUUUAUGCAGUGCUUUGUUUGAGGAACAUCAAACAAAAACUGGAAAUUAAUGGCAGAUAGGGGGACUUCCGUAAGUGUUCUAGUUUUUGCUGUUUUUGUUUCAUUUUGUUUUAUUUUGUUUUGCAAAUAUGAUCCCAAGUGGAAAUCUCACAGGCAUGGAAGAGGAACAAUACAGUAUAGUAAAUUAUGAUUCAUAGAAGACUGUGUAAUGCAUCUAACAAAUUGUUAAUUUAUUCAGUUUACCUGUAUGCCAGAGGGAGAGAAAGAUUACUAUUUAGACUCUUCUUAUUCUGUUUGAUACUUCUGACAGACUGUUCCUUCAGUUUUCUAGAAUGGCUUCUGGAAGUGUUAAAUAAUAUUUGAAUUGCCUCAAAUAUAUCUGAAUGGUACUUGUGGGUUUUCAGUCAUCACUGAAUCCAUGCUCAGCCAUUUCUACUAGGAAGCAUAAUGAGAACGAGGUAUUGCCAGGCACAGAGGAGGCCCUGGUUUUGCUUGAAUGCAUUUUAGAUUUUCUGAAACGUUGCGUGAAUACUGUUUGUGUUGUAUCUGCCAUUAAACCCAUUUGUGGAUUUGCAAUUAUGAAUUUUAAGGCACUGGUACUCAUCAUAAACAGCCCAAACAGCCAGACGCCCAAGAAGAGUCUAGAAAUGCAGGCAGCUAAAUUUGUUUGUAUCCAUCUCUACCAAGUCAUAUCUAUAAAUUUUAAUUGCCUUUCCAAGACCUAUUUACCACAAAAUACUUUGUAUUUUAAUAGUGAUAGGCCAAAAGAGGAUGUUGCUGCUAGGAAAAAGCUACACUCCUGCAAAGUAGUGUGAGAAAGGAUUGUAGAAAGGAUUAACGUCAGAUGGGAAAAGGAUACUUGAGGGGGCUGAUAAGAUGGACUUACUGUCCCUGCUAAUUUAAUAGUCCUGACACGUUGACCUUGUGAGCCUUGGCUUCACUGCACCACUGUCCUUGUGCAGUGAAAAGGAGCCAGAAGUACAUUCUCUUGUUCUAAUUCAGUUCAUGCAGGAUACUUCUUAGGAAGCUGCCUUAUUUAGAGUCGGAGCACUGAUCCAUGAUGUCUGUAUAGUCUACAUGUCAGAUUGGCAGCAGCUCUGCAGACGUGCUGACAGGAGUCUUUCUUUGGCCCUACCUUGACAUUGUUGGGACUGAAUCUGGGAUGUUUGAUAUGCAAAACAUGUAUUGGGCCACUAAGUAAUUACUCUUUCCUGUUCUAAAUUUGGAGUGUCUCAUUGCUGUACUGCAUACACUGAGUGUGCAUGUUAGCACACAUCAAGCUCUUCCCUGCAAGUGAACUGAAGGGGACGGUCAGUUUAUGUGUAUAUUUGUGAGUUCUGUUAAAAAAAAGGUAGUGGGAAACCAAUAGGAUGGGGGCUUGGGCUACACCUGCCCUUAGGCUUCUGCUGACUUUAUUGUUUGGUUGAUAGACAUGUUCUGCUCUGUAUCAGACUACAAUCUAUUUAUUUAUAUGAAACUCUGCAGGAGCCACUAAAAUUGACACUACCUGUAUAUCCCAACUCUACAUUAGUUAUUGACAAGAUCUGGUGCGUCAUAGCAUUUAGGGAAAUAAACUACAGAAGAGAGCA